AUGAAUCGCAAAUCGCAAACAAACCGGGCGAGCGAAAUGAAUCGAAAAGCAGGAUCAGAUGUGGUGAAAGAUGACUCAGGUGUUCCUGACAUACAUCCGAAAUACCAGGGAUCUGUGCCGCAUCGCAUUACGGAUACGAACCAAAGACGGAUUCGUACCUUACAAGCAUUUGUCGAUUGUAUAAGUAAUGUUCCGAUUUCAUUGUUCUAA